UCAUUCCCAAGCCGAAAGGAAACUUUCGACCUUCACCGUUUUUUUCGUUUUUAGUCGGAAAGCCGUGAAGCUCUGUAUAUGUAUUGUUUUUUAUUUAUGAUUUCUUGAAGAUGCAGAAACCCUUGAAGAAAUAUUUUGUAAACAUGGACGAGUAUCUGGCCAGCAUCGGGCUCUACCGAAAAAUGAUGGCGAGAGACGCGUCCUGUCUGUUUCGAGCUGUUUCUGAGCAGCUUUACUUCUCCCAGAAUUACCAUCAAAGAAUAAGAAAACAGUGUGCCAACUUCAUGAGGGCAAACAGAUGUAACUUUGAACCUUUUGUUCAAGGAUCUUUUGAGAAGUAUUUGGAGCGCUUGGAAGACCCCACGGAAACCACAGGACAAGUGGAAAUAAAAGCAUUGUCUUUAGUGUACAGGCGGUGCUUUGUCAUUUACAGGUAUCCAGGUAAGCCGCCAACUGAGAUUGCAGAGGAAGACAAUUUGCCUAAGAUUUUGCUGUGUUGCUCAAACAACGGCCAUUAUGACAUUGUUUACCCCAAGAACUAUCCAAUGGAUGCUGCACUGUGUCAGGCCUUGUUGUAUGAACUGUUAUACACUCGUGUUCUGGGAGUCGAGGAAGAAGAGCUGCAGGUGGCGCUGGAGGGAUUCAAAGGAGGCGGACGACGAUACAGAAACAGCCAGUCUAUGUGCAGCGAGGACGCUGGCUACGACACCCCGGAAGACCGGCCUCAGAGAGAAGAAUGGGAGUCGAGUGGUCACUGCCGCUCGGAAGACAAAUCCAGAGCUGGAGCUGAGGACCAGAAGGCCACAGAAGGUUCAGGGAAACUGGUUCUGCCGUACAAGGUACUAAAGGCUUUGGAGCCAGAGCUGUACCGCAACGUAGAGUUUGACGUGUGGCAAGACAGCCGCAAAGAGCUACAGAAGACUGAUUACAUGGUGUUUGCUGGCAGACAGUACUUUUUAGGAGAUAAGUGUCAGGUCCGCUUGGACCCAAAAGGGAAGUACUACAAUGCUUUCAUUCAAGAAGUAGGGAGUCACACCACUGCGGUGACCGUGUUCAUCGAGGAGCUUGCGGAAAAGCACCUGGUUUCCUUGAGUAAUCUGAAGCCAGUGAACCCUGUGCCAGCCUGGAACAUCACACCAAGCAGAAAGGGAAACUCCUACAACCAUCCAGAGCAGUACACUGGAGAACUAGACCCCGAGAUGCGCGGACGCCGAAGGUUCUUCAAGAAGCCUCGUGGUAAGGAGAUGUUGAUGGCAGUAUCUUUCAGUCAUCCUCAGCCUGGCUUACCUCCCCGCCUGCAGCCUGGGCCAGGAAACAUUCAUCCUGUCCAUUCUCCAGGGGUGCACGGUCCCGCUCAGCCACCACCAGGCCUGGCCUAUGAACACUACCGACCCCAUCCUUCACCUAGACCACCGCGUGGGUACGGACCACCCAGAAGUUCUGGCCGAUUCCUGAACAGACACCAUCUUAUUGGACCAGACAUGGCCUAUUAUCCUAGUCCUGGCAAGCGCUGCUACCAGAGUUUUGAUAACUACUCUUUCAGGUCACGAAGGAGUCGAAGGCAGAUGCACUCUCUGAAUAAAGAGUGUCUGAGUUGUGUUCCUGAGCCUGGAGAGGACACCCAAGACAUGGAGGGAAGCAUCACCUUCUAUGAGAUUGAGGAGACGGACGAGAGUGCCUUCUCCCCAAUACCGGGUCAAGCAGUGUCCAGCCCCAUGGUUCCAGGGGCCACUGCUUACUGGGUGCCAAGAGUUCCCAGUCCAAUCCCUCCUUCAGGCAAACAGACCAUGACAUCAUCAGAAGAGGACCCUGAUGAGAGGAAUACUGCUGGUGAAGGUGACUAUUCAGAGGAGUACAUCUACGCCGCCGCAGAGGCAGGCUAUCAGAAUCCAUCAGUGUAUGCAGCGGCAGCAGAGUCUACCACCAAUCUGACCAUUCAAGAAGGAAGUUCCCGUGCUGGGUCGCCACAAGAGGGUGUCGCCACCUACAGCUACUCACAACAGGUGGUUGUGAAGUCAUCUGUCCUCUCCUCUUCUCAACAAAUCAACUCUGCCCCGGCUGCAAUCUUCACUUCAAACUCUUCCUCUUCAUCCACCGGGAGCUCCCAGACCCCUCCAAACCCCCUGCCGCCCAACAGCAUCCUGACCCCGGGACAGCCACCACCCCAGAGUGUUCUGGGCAGGCCGGCCGUUCCGUGGUUUGUGAAUGAGCUGGGAGAGCCAGUCGCCUUGGCACCUCCUCCACCCUACUCGUAUGACCCCAAUGGCAGUGACCUUCCAAGAGAUUACAAAGUGCUUCAGUACUACUACAAUUUGGGGGUACAGUGGUAUCAGCAGAGUUACUGGCACUCUGUGGUGCAAAUGCAGCAGGUGUAUCAGCAGCCGGCCGCAGACGCUCAGUAUCAGCCGUACUCGGGCGUCGUUCCUACCGCUGACCACACGGUUCCCCAGGCCUACCCUGAUCCUGUCCGCACGUGCCCCCAUCCACAAGGAGACGUGCCCAGCAACGGCGCCUCUCUGGCUAUGGAAAGCCCUCCUACGGUGGUCCCCGGCACGGUCUUCUACCCCCUGGUGCAGGAGCAGUGCGGCCAGCAGCCCCUUCACCCCAGCUAUGAGCCCUACGUGCCCGUGCUUUCCACAACAUAUCACUACCUCACUCCCUGGACUCACGGUGCUGGCCCGCAUCCCCGCAUCCACCAUGCCACAUACUGCCCCUCUUCCUCUCACUCCCCCGUCAACUACAUCACCCAGACCCACCCCGGCCAUAUGCCACACUCACAGUUUGUCUAAGUAUCGUUUACCAGCAGAAAUGUUCUCGCUUGCGUUGUUCAGUUGUUAGUUCUGUAUUGUUUUCACAGACGAAUGGUUAUUCAGGGAUCCUGCAGUGUUACUCGGUACAUGAAUAGAAAGCCAGGACAGAGUAGAUGUGCUUUUGCCACCCCGCACGUCCUCUCCCAUCAUUUCACCGAUUUAAUAAGCAUAUAUUGGAUUCCCCCAUUCAAUUAUU